AUGAGCAGUCCGCAGCGCGUCAAGAAAGAAAAUGGUAAUUUUAAGUUAAAAAAAGACGAGUCCAAUUCUCCUGGUGGCCAGGAUCACGGAUUGUUGUCGGAUCCCGAGAGCUAUUUGGAAGAAAAUGAGUCGCUUGACAUGAACCUUACUAGUGGUAAUAAAAAAAUAUGGUUGGUGAAGCUUCCUAGGUACUUGGCAUCGAAAUGGUCAGAUAUCAAUGCUCUCAGUGGCAAGGAAUUGGCCAAGAUUAAGAUUAGACAAGGAUCACCUGCUAAUGGGGGCAAACUUCAAGUCAAGUUGGUCUUGCUGGAUCAAUCUGACGAUUCUAUUCCGCACGAAUACGACGUUCCUAUGCUCAAUACUCAGGUGAAAAAUUCGUACGUUUUCAGUGAAGAGAACUUGAGCAAAUUUAAAGAUAAUAAUGGAAUAACCGAGGUUUUGAACAUGCCCGAUUUGCCCAAAUUGCAACCUCUUAAGGAAGAAUUGCAGUUUAAACAAGAUAUGGAGCUGGCUCUGGCCCCACGAGGACACUCGCUGUAUUCCAAUUCCACUACUGGGAACGAUGCUGGUGAGAAAUUUGUGCCAAUUGUCAAGACCAUCCCUAAGAAGACGAAACUUUCCGGUAAAAUCUGCCACGAUUGUCAAAUUGUACCAUCUAAAAACGACCGUCAGUACUCAAAGUUCCUCAAUAGAAGGCAGAACAUUCAGGUAGCGAAGCCUAGACCCCGUGUAACUCUUUUGAACGAAAUCCCAGGUGUUCUUCAGUCGAACGCUGGUCCCUCGGUUCGUGGAGGCAAUGCUUCGGUAUUCUUAAAGACUACCACUGUACCUAGAAGCAAGAUUGAAGGCAGAGCGGUGCGUAUGCCUAGAAAGGAUCUCUUGGAUCUCUUGUUCCGGUUAUUUGAGGAGUACGAAUACUGGUCUAUGAAAGGAUUGAAAGAGAGAACGAGGCAGCCCGAGUCUUUUCUCAAGGAAUGUCUUGAUUCCAUCGCGAUCUUGAUUAAGAAGGGGCCGUACACCUCCAAGUAUAGUUUACGGCCUGAGUACAAGAAGUUGAGUGAAGCCGAAAGAGCAGCCGGUUUGAAUGAGAACGAUGGAAAAGACGAAGAUGAAGAUGAUUUAGAGAUGGAGGAUGUGGUUUAA